AUGUACAACCAAGUUUUGACCGAGUUAACGCCGGUGAAUUUUCCGGUGGAAUUUCAGCCGGAGUAUUGCUGGAGCUCUAGUUUCAGCAAUCUCAUGCCGUGUUUAAUGGAAACAUGGGGUGACUUGCCGUUAAAGGUUGAUGACUCUGAAGACAUGGUUAUUUGUGGGCUGUUGAAUGACGCCGUCAAUGAUGGAUGGACGCCGUUUAACGAAGUUAAGUCGGAGCCGAGGUUUGAGAUCGAGGCGGAGAUGAGCAUGGCUGAAGUAAAGUCGGAAUACGUGGCUUCUCCACCGGUGACGGCGGAGAAGGUGGGGCCAGCGGUGGCACGGCCAAAAGGGAAGCAUUACAGGGGUGUGAGGCAACGGCCGUGGGGGAAGUUUGCGGCGGAGAUAAGGGACCCGGCUAAAAACGGCGCAAGAGUGUGGCUUGGGACAUAUGAAACGGCUGAGGAAGCGGCUUUGGCUUAUGAUAGAGCGGCUUAUAGGAUGCGUGGCUCAAAGGCGUUGUUGAAUUUUCCACACAAAGCUGGCUCAAAUGAGCCUGAGCUGGUUAAAGUGACGGCCAAGCGGCGGUCACCUGAGCCUGCUUCUUCUUCAGUAUCGACAAUAUCAUGGGCUUUGGAAAGUGGCUCACCCAAGCGAAGGAAGAAAGGAGUGCCAGCUGAGCUAGCCGAAUCAGAAGUCCAGAGCAGAAUCAAUUUGUAA